AUGGGUCAAUACUGGCAGUUCUUCAACGUCAACAGACUAGAGCAAGCGGACCCGGAGGGUGGGCUCAAGCUCGGAAGUAUCCUCUUCUCCAAACAGCCGUUCCUCGUGCGCAGUUUAGCCAUGCCCUACCCUGUGCCUGAACUCGCAGGAUACCUCGCAAACACCCUCCCACAGGGUCCUAUCGCGAAGAAAGGUCUGCUCUCGCUGCCGGACGAGCUUCUCGACAAGAUCCUCAAUGACGCCGACCUACUCGUCCUCGACGGCGUAUGCCUCGCCAUCACAUGCAAGAAACUGCUCCUAAUCGCCGAGGGGAGCUUGCUUAAGGCAUCCCGCGUCUAUUGCUCCGCCGGCUGGGCGCACUGCCAAAUCGCGUGCCUCGGAGACUACGCAAGCCUCGACAGCGUGCCCGAAAGACUGCUGCCCCCCGCACAAAAGGACCGCAUCCUCGAGAAGCUCAAGGCGAAGGGCCUCGGUCCCGAAGAUGCCCGCGGCUACGCCGGUCUCAGCGAGAUCAGCAUCGAGCCCGGCCAGUAUCGCGGUGUGCGUGAUCUGGGAUCGUUCAUGGUGAGACUGCCCAUGCCGGACCGCCGCCUGUUCGUCGCCGCGCUCGCCGUGACGUUCCCCGCGCGCGACGACUGGGCGCUGUGCAUCACUACGAAGCGCGAGUACGUGCGCGCGGGCGCGCUCGCGGAGCUGAGCGGCCAGCCGGGGGACGUCCAGCCGUUCUUGCAGUCGUGUGCGGCCGACCUGGGCACGGCGCUCUUCACGCGGUUCUGCUUCUCGCCCGACGACAGCUGUGCGAUGGUGAACGAGUCGGUCAAGAUUAACGAAGGGAAGUGGGUUGGCGAUCGGGUCGCCAUUGAUACGCUCGAGCGGGUAAAACUGGGCCAGCCGGAACAGGAGUGGAAGGACGUGACGGAGGAGGUCGUCGCGGAUAUCAAGGAUAUCUACCAGGACUAG